AAUUAUGCCAUUGACGUGGGUUAAGAGGGGGUUAGAAUAAAGAAAUCACACCAAAGAACGGAGAACCAGCAGCGUGUAGGGGUGGGCGGAUCCUCCGUUACCUUGGAAACCAGAGGUGGAGCAGUCGCUCAUAUAAGUUAAGACGCUAUGAGCGCUACGGGUUCUUCCUGAAGUCGCUGGACAUACACAGUUGCUUAUCUUAAGCUGCAGCAAUUUGCUUUUCAUCCAACGCACUCGAGGUUACCUUUACUUAAAAGAAGACUUCGGAGCGAUGUGUGGGAUUUUUGCAUACCUGAACUACAGAGUGCCACGGACAAGGAAGGAGAUAUUUGUGACGUUAGUGAAGGGACUUCAGAGGCUGGAGUACCGAGGUUAUGACUCUGCAGGUGUUGCGGUGGAUGGCAGUGGGAAACAUGACAAAGACAGCAUCUGCCUCUUUAAGAAGAAGGGAAAAGUAAAAGCGCUGGAUGAGGAACUCUACAAGAAUGACUCGGUCAAUUUGGACGAAGAAUUUGACACACACUUCGGCAUCGCACAUACUCGUUGGGCCACACACGGCGAGCCCAGUGCCCUCAACAGCCACCCUCACCGCUCUGACAAGAACAACGAGUUUGUGGUGAUCCACAAUGGCAUUAUCACUAACUACAAGGAACUGAAGAAGUAUCUGAUUUCCAAAGGCUACGAGUUUGAGUCAGACACCGACACAGAGGUUAUCCCCAAGCUGAUCAAGUAUCUUUAUGACAACCGCGAAAGUGAAUAUGUGUCCUUCUCCACCCUGGUGGAGCGCGUCAUCCAGCAGCUGGAGGGGGCUUUCGCUCUCGUAUUCAAAAGUGUUCACUUCCCAGGAGAGGCUGUCGCCACAAGGCGAGGCAGUCCUCUGCUAAUCGGCGUACGGAGCCAGUACGAACUCUCCACUGAAGAGAUCCCCAUCCAAUACAACUGUGAAGAUUCGAGGAGAGACAUUCAGGAUAAGAACUCAUUUAACAAAGGGAACAGCAGCAAUGCCUUACAUUCCGUCAAUGACAGGAUGGCCAUGGAGUUCUACUUUGCUUCUGAUGCCAGCGCCAUCAUUGAGCACACCAAUAAGGUGAUCUACCUGGAGGACGAUGACAUAGCGGCGGUGGCGGCUGGGAAUCUGUCUCUGCACCGCAUGAGCCGCGGCGCCGGGGACGACCCCGUCCGCGUCAUUCAGACUCUGCAGAUGGAGCUCCAGCAGAUCAUGAAAGGUAACUUCAAGGCCUUCAUGCAGAAGGAGAUCUUUGAACAGCCUGAGUCUGUCGUCAACACCAUGCGUGGGCGGAUCUGCUUCGACACCAGCACAGUGAUGCUGGGAGGUUUAAAGGAUCACCUGAAGGAGAUCAAGAGAUGCCGACGCCUUAUUAUAAUUGGCUGUGGAACCAGCUUCCAUGCAGGAGUAGCGACACGGCAGAUCCUGGAAGAGCUGACGGAGCUGCCCGUCAUGGUGGAGCUGGCCAGCGACUUCCUGGACCGUACCACGCCCGUCUACAGAGAUGAUGUCUGCUUCUUCAUCAGCCAAUCGGGAGAGACAGCUGACACUCUGAUGGCUCUGCGCUACUGUAAGGACCGAGGGGCUCUCACUGUGGGUGUCACCAACACCGUGGGCAGCUCCAUCUCCAGAGAGACAGACUGCGGGGUCCACAUCAAUGCCGGGCCGGAGAUUGGGGUGGCCAGCACGAAGGCCUACACCAGUCAGUUCGUAUCUCUGAUCAUGUUUGGUCUGAUGAUGAGCGAGGACAGGCUCUCACUGCAGAAGAGGAGGCAGGAGAUCAUAAAGGCCCUACACAAACUGCCAGAGAUGAUUAAGGAGGUUCUGGCCCUGGACGAGAAGAUUAAACGCAUAGCAGAAGAGCUCUACCAGCAGAGGUCUCUGUUAGUCAUGGGCCGAGGCUACCACUAUGCCACCUGCCUUGAGGGGGCACUGAAAAUUAAGGAGAUCACAUACAUGCACUCGGAGGGCAUUCUGGCUGGGGAGCUGAAGCACGGCCCGCUGGCUCUGGUUGACUACCACAUGCCUGUCAUCAUGGUGAUCAUGAAGGACGCCUGCUACACCAAGUGCCACAAUGCCCUGCAGCAAGUCACAGCCAGAGAGGGGCGGCCCAUCAUCCUGUGCUGCCAGGACGACCCCGACAUCAGCAAGCUGGCGUACAAGACCAUCGAGCUCCCCUACACGGUAGACUGUCUGCAGGGCAUCCUCUGCGUCAUCCCGCUGCAGCUCAUGUCCUUCCACCUAGCCGUGCUCAGAGGAUAUGAUGUGGACUGCCCCAGGAACCUGGCCAAAUCUGUGACAGUGGAGUAACCCACCAUGGAAACCCAAAUCCAUUAGUGUAGCCAUGAAGAAUACCUACCAUCCUAGUGCAAUUCUGAGUGUGUUUGUUUACGUGUGAUGAGUGUGCAUAUCUAUGCAUUAUGACCAAAAUCUGGAACUCUCAUUUUCUCCUCCACUGAACCAGUGUGAGGAUGCUCCAUGGAGUGCAUUGAAUUCAUUGCCUUUUGUUCCAUAAGUGCCUAAUGUCCCACUGCACUAAUGCAGGUGAAAGGAACCCUAAACUGUGCCUUAAAACCUCCACUCUCUGCUCUUAGUUGAGACAGGUUAAUCAAAAAGAGGUUUACAUUUACUUUUUUAAUACCAAAGUGCAAUACUUUAAAACAAAUGGGAACCAAAAAUGUUUAAAGGGAGUGCUGUGAUGGAGACCUAACUGAGAAAAUGAAUGUGUUUUGCCUUUUCUAUCCAUAAUUUUGGAAGUACUGGCAUACCUAAGAUGUACUUCCUAUAUACUGUGAGCGGCAUCUAGUUUCAAGUGAAUGUUAAUUGCCACAGCAUCAACUAAAAAACAAUAUAUAGUCACCCCACCCAGUCAUCAUUUUCAAUGUUUUUAUAUAAUACUGCAUACUUAACAAUAAGACACUAAAACUAUGGCUUUGCUUCAUUUUUUCUUUAAAAAAAUCUUUUUUUUACUUUCAUCAUUUUGUUUUGCUGGAAAAUAAUGUUAGAAAUGUCAGACUUAUGUUGGCUUUUUACUGUGGAAUUUAGUGUACACCCCAUUGUAUUAUUAACUGUACAUUCCAAUUUUUUAUUUUGAAAUAUUCACAUGAUUUGUUUCAAUCUAUUUAAGUUGUGUAGAAGUCAGAUAACUUAUUUUAUACUGGCUAUCUGGGAUGGAAGCUGUUUAGUUGUGUGUAAUUUUUUCCUUUGUUUAUAUCCAUGUUAUUAAUGUCCUUUUUUUUUAAAUUGAUUUUUAUUAAAUAUAUAUAUUUUUAAAUCUUGUUGGAUGAAGGUUGACAUGGUGUGAAGACUAGUUAAAUAUAAUUCUUUACUGUUUACUGUCUAACGAUGAUCUAUUUUAAUAUGAAAAAAAAAUUUAAUAAAGCAUGAUGUGUAAGUUA